UAGCACUCAUUUUCUUCUGUGGGAGAUUCUGUAGAUACUUAAGUCUUAGAAAGGAAAAAAAAAAUCUUGUUUUGAUACAGAAAUCCAAAACGUUUAUCUUUAAGUGACAAGAAUUAGUGAAGCCGAAAAGAGUACCAGAAAACAGUCUUCCAUUGAAUCAAAGAAUUUUAGUCCAACGGAGAACACAGAUGGAGAUGUUCCCCACUUGUAGCCUGCUUGCCUCAUCACCACACAAAAUGGGAAAGAAACAGAAUGGCAAAGGUAAAAAAGUUGAAGAGGCAGAGCCUGAAGAAUUUGUUGUGGAGAAAGUCCUGGACAGACGUGUUGUAAAUGGAAAGGUGGAAUACUACUUGAAGUGGAAAGGAUUUACGGAUGCUGACAACACAUGGGAACCUGAAGAAAACUUAGAUUGUCCAGAGCUAAUCGAAGCUUUCCUGAACUCUCAGAAAGCUGGUAAAGAAAAAACAGAUGGUGCCAAAAGAAAAUCUUUGUCAGAUAGCGAAUCCGAUGAUAGUAAAUCAAAGAAAAAACGUGAUUCUGUUGAUAAACCAAGAGGGUUUGCAAGGGGUCUUGAUCCUGAGCGGAUAAUUGGGGCUACGGAUAGCAGUGGCGAGCUUAUGUUCCUCAUGAAAUGGAAAGACUCUGACGAGGCAGAUCUGGUCCUGGCCAAAGAAGCUAACGUGAAGUGUCCUCAGAUCGUAAUCGCUUUUUAUGAAGAGCGACUAACUUGGCAUUCAUGCCCAGAAGAUGAAGCACAAUAAUUGUUUGCAUUGCUUUUUUAUAUAUAUGAAUAUUAAAACCUGAAAUUUGAUUUAUUAGCAAUGUGAGAAGCAUACAUUCUAACAAGAAUCAAAUUUGAUAUUUUUUUGAAGUAGUAUGUUUUUGCAUCAACAGCAAGUAAAUAAAAGCUUUCUGCAACUUGUUUCAUUUAUCACAAGAGAGCAUUUGAUACUACUACUUCCUCCAUAUUAGGUAAAAGCUUUUAUAAAACAUUCAUAAACUUCCAUAGUUAUUACAGAAUCAUAAUGAAUGUCUAAACAAACUCACAGAUGUUUUGUAGUCUUCUAUACUAUUGAUGUGCAUGUGUCUUCUUUACCCAAACCUAGCCCUUUAAACCUGUAGCAUCAUUCUUUUUAGUAUUUGGGAUCACUUGGUCCCACAAAGACCAGGUGAAAACUAACUUUGUAGUAAUUUGAAUGUUAUCAGACUGUAUAUUGUUUACUUUAUUGUAAAUACUGGUGAACAGUGGUCAAUAAAAUAGUUUUAUAUUCUUCCUUUAUACUGAUAGGCUGUGACUCUUUUGAAGCGGUAUGAUAUUUCUGAACUUUUGAUAUGUUAAGCUCUCAAUUCGUAAUAUAUUUAACUGUAAGUUGGUUUUGGGGGGGUAGAUUGAUUAAUUAAUACUGCCCCAUUGCUACUCUGUAAUCACAGUACAAGACAAAUACCAGGCUUUGAUUCUUUGUAUUUUUUUGGUGAACAAUGCCUGAGGCAUACCGGUUUUUUCAGUCAGGAAGAGCCUGUGAAAUUAAUGUGGUUUGGGUACUUAAGUUUAAGUUGCAGAGAGCAACCAUACUGCCUAGGUAUGGCUGCUGGUCACAAGGGCAGGUGGCCUCUGCAGAUUUGAUAUGUGUUGACAGUAUCAGCCUCUGCUUUAAUUUCAGGUUUUAAUGCAAGGCUAGACUGUAACUAGCAGUGUUUUGGAUGGAAUUAUUUGUCAGGCCACUGCCUGAGGAAUACUUACAUAGCUCUGCCUUUAAAGUGGAAUAUUUUAAUGUAAGAUACUAAGUCAUAUACUUUAAACAAGAGACUUUGUUUCUAUUUCAGAUUGAAUUUUAAAGUGAGUCCUAUAGUCAGCUGCUUGCAGAAUGCCUUCAGAAGGGCAGAAGUAGGGGGUGAGGAACUCAGGAGGAGGAAAGUUGCCUUUUUCCAUUCAGUUGCCAUUCCUCUUUUCACUUGCUUUCAUCUACGCACCUUCUUUUAUUUGUGUUUUGACUACUGUGGUAUAGUUUGCCUUGAGCUGUGCCUCUCCACGUGUCAGUGGCCAAGCUUGUUUCAGAAUUUCCCUUAAUUUAAGAGUUUUGACUGAAAAAAAAAAUAAAAAAAUCCUGUAAUACUGUCAAUGUCCGAGGUGAGACAGUUAAGAUUGGCCAGCUGUGUUUUCUGAGGAGGUUAAAAAAAGAUGGGUAUUCCUGGAAACUCUCAUAUGGUGUGCUGAGGAGCGAAUGAAGGAAUUUGGUCUGUGCUUGAUGUUCUUUUGAUACAGUUUCACAAAUCAUUACUAUAACUGCUUGUCCUCACAUAGUUUCAAAAGCCAUUUACAUUGUGAAUCAAAACUUGUCAUUGUAAAACACUUAAAUAUAGUUAAACACUGGGGUGGCUAAACUGACGCUAAAUUACCUUUUUUAUGUGUAACUGCUUUGUCUUGUCAAGAUUUUUUUUUUUUUUUUAUUACUGAGUUUGGGCAGAAUUCAGUUGCCGUCUAUUUGUGGCUCUAGGAAAAACCUGGUAUCCUGGUUAGUGUGGGGGUUCUCUUGCACCAAGUAAUGGUAAUUUCAGGGCCUAGCUAGCUUCCCUUGCUUGUUCCUUAGACAAACAACCCUGAAUUUGUCAUAUGUGUCAGUUUUUUACAGAGUUCAUGGCUGUCCUGGUUGUGCCUGGGAUAGAGUUUGUUUUCUUCCUAGCAGCUGGCAUAGUGCUGUGUUUUGGGUUUAGGUUGAGAAGAGUGUUGGUAACUCACUGAUGGUUUAAUUGUUGCUGAGCAGUGCUUACGCUAGUCAGGGACUUCCCAGCUUCUGCCAGCGAGGAGGCUGGAGGUGCACGAGAAGCUGGGAGGGGGCACAGCCAGGACAGCUGACCCAAACUGGCCGAAGGAGUGUUCCAGACCAUAUGACAUCAUGCUGAACAAAAAAAUGGGGAGAGUUGGCCAGGGUAGGGGGGAGGAGGGCACGGCCAUGCUGCUGCUCAGGAACUGGCUGGGCAUCGGUGAGCAAUUGCACUGUGCAUCACUUGU